UAUGCAAUCAGAUCCCUAAUUUUCAAAUUUCGUUCUUACGGGCGCCCCUCUUCUUCCUCAGUUUUCCUCGCUCUCAUUUGAUCUUUACACAUUUCAGACAUCUCUCUCUCUCUCUCUCUCUCUCUCUCUCUCUCUCUCUCUCUCUCUGUGUGUGUGUGUGUUCGCAAAAAUGGGGGGCUCUCACAGCCGGGAAGACAUGGAGAUCUGGGACUCGGACGAGGAGUAUGAAGGAGAACAAGAAGAUGAGGGGGAGAAGUUCGAGGACUCGAGGGACGACACGCCGGACAAAUCUUCCUCGCUCGGUCGUCGACGUCGACCCAAGUCUCCGUCGAUAGACGACGUGGAGGCGAAGCUAAAUGCCCUGAAGCUCAAAUACCCAUCAUUGAACCAAGCCCCCUCGCUGAACGCUGUUCGGCUUUUCCGCUACAUCAAUGGCAACACCCCUAAAGCCAAAUGGGUCACUGCAGAGAAAUUGACUGCGUAUUCUUUCGUCAAUACCUCCAAAAUCAGCGUGGAAGAAGAUGAUGACGACGAAGAGGAUGAAGAUGGGGAAAAGGGAUGGUGGGUUUUGAAGGUCGGGACCAAUAUCCGGGAAAAGGUUUCGGAGGAGAUGCAAUUGAAGGCUUAUAAAGAUCAGCGCCGCGUUGAUUUUGUUGCUAAAGCUGUUUGGGCGAUGAAGUUUCCCAGCAUUGAAGAUUAUACGGCUUUUGUGAGUAAGUACAAUGAUUGCUUGUUUGAGAACAAUCACGGUGUUGAGUUGAAUGAGGCCAAUACGGCUAAAAUUUACGGUAAAGAUUUCAUAGCUUGGGCAAAGCCUGAGGCUGCUGAUGAUUCUAUGUGGGAAGAUGCUGAUGAUGUUUUGCUUAAAAGCCCCGAGUCGGCAACACCACUGAGGGAAACACAGGAUCUGACCGAGGCUUUUGAAGAGGCUGCGAGUGAUGGCAUACAGAGCUUAGCUUUGGGUGCUUUAGAUAAUAGUUUUCUGGUUGGAGAUUCUGGUAUUCAAGUUUUCAAGAAUCUUAGGCAUGGGAUUCAGGGGAAGGGAGUGUGUGUUAAUUUUGAUGCUGGGUAUAGUCAAAGCGCCAGAAAUCUAGCUCAAUCUACUCCUAAAAGGGCUCUUCUAAUGAAGGCUGAGACUAACAUGCUGCUCAUGAGUCCCAUGAAUGAAGCCAAGCCUCAUUCAACGGGGAUUCAUCAGCUUGACAUUGAAACCGGGAAGAUUGUUUCAGAGUGGAAGUUCGGAAAGGAUGGGGUAGAUAUCUCUAUGAAGGACAUCACUAAUGACAGCAAAGGGGCACAGCUGGACCCGUCUGGAUCAACGUUUCUUGGUUUGGAUGAUAAUAGGCUUUGCAGAUGGGAUAUGCGUGAUCGACAUGGGAUGGUUCAGAAUCUUGCUACUGCUAGUGCCCCGGUGUUGAAUUGGGCACAAGGGCAUCAGUUUUCAAGAGGCACUAACUUCCAGUGCUUUGCGACCACGGGAGAUGGGUCAAUUGUCGUUGGGUCUCUUGACGGGAAGAUUAGACUCUACUCUAGCAAUACUAUGAGACAGGCAAAGACAGCUUUCCCUGGUCUCGGUUCACCAGUUACGCAUGUGGAUGUUACUUUUGACGGUAAAUGGAUAGUGGGUACAACAGAUACGUAUUUGAUUGUCAUCUGCAGUCUUUUCACUGAUAAGGAUGGCAAAACAAAGACUGGCUUCUCAGGUCGAAUGGGAAAUAGAAUUGCAGCUCCAAGAUUGUUAAAGCUAAGACCUCUGGAUGCCCAUUUAGCUGGAACUAGUAAUAAGUUCCGGAAUGCUCAGUUUUCUUGGGUCACUGAGAACGGGAAGCAAGAACGCCAUGUGGUGGCAACUGUUGGCAAGUUCAGCGUGAUAUGGAACUUCCAGCAAGUGAAGAACGGGUCGCAUGAAUGUUACCAAAACAAGGAUGGCCUGAAGAAAUGUUACUGCUACAAGGUAGUGCUCCGGGAUGAAUCCAUCGUGGACAGUCGUUUCAUGAAUGACAAGUAUGCAAUCACCGGUUCACCAGAGGCUCCUUUGGUUAUUGCAACUCCCAUGAAAGUCAGCUCUUUCAGCUUGUCCAGCAGGCGAUGAAACGGCUUAUUUCUAUUCAGACACUAAGGGAGAUUUUCAGUUCUAGUUUGUUUGUAACACAUAAUGUUCUCGUUCUUGGUAUGUUGUUAGAUUCAGACAAAGGGUACUUGUUGAUACUGCUAAUACUGCGGUAUGAAUCUAAGGAUCUUAUGUUGUAUUGACUUUCCUUGUGUGUUCAUGCAAAGGAAUCUUCAUUACCUCUA